AUGGCUGCAGUCCUUCGGGGAGAAGGGGAGCUCGCACCCGUGCGGAGCAGUGACCUGCUCAGAAAAGGGGAAACAUUCUUCCCUACUCGUGAGAGGAGCGGGGGCGACUUGGACAGCAAGUCAUGGGCUCCUCUGGAAAACGGGAAACGUCCAGAAAAUCGCGGAAUCGGGAAAUGCCGGUGCCUCCCGAGGCUUCGGCAUCGCUUCGGCGCUGGAGGGAGAGGCAGAGUCCCCAAGUGCCACCUGUCACCUCCGGGAGUGGCAGCUCAGCUUCCCCGAGGGACGGGAGUUGCAGAGGAGCCCGUCAGGAUCAUCCCGCUGCGGGCUCCUGGCAGGGACUGCAAGAGCAGGAGAGGAGGAAAUGUUACACGGGGAGACGCUUUUCCCAAAGGAAAAGCCAUCCCCCCAGGAUUUCGCCAUUCCGCAGCUCGGAGUCGGGCUGGCCCCUCUGAAAUCCCUUCUCCAGACAGCUGCAGCUGCUGUAAAUCCCACCCGGGGCUCCCGAGCUGUAACACAGGAGGGAAGGUGAGGGAAGGUGAGCAGCCAGGCUCCCCCUCCCCAGCUCCCAGCCCCGCAGAGGUGCGGCCCUUCCCGGCUCUCAGGGGCCGCGUUACAAAAGUCUGGGUCCGGAGCGAGUCGCAGUUUCCCACAGUCGCCAGCCAAUCCGAGCGUGCCCGGGACAAUGGGAAAGCAUCCAUUACAGCAUGGCAAAUUGCCUGUGAAUUGCCUGGGGAUAAUACCCCGCUCCCAAAGGAGCAGGUGGGCCGGGGAGUGUGGGACACAAUAGGGUUUGGCAUCGCGGCGCUGGGCAGGGAACGUGGGAAAGCGUUGCCCGUCAUUAUCAUCCGGCUUCUGCCUGAUGUUGGGAACCUCGACAUCUCAAUGUGCUGCCUUUUCCCAGGCUGCCUUGAAAUGAAGCACAGAAGACUGAUCCCAGGAAGAGAUAAUGCUCUGCGCCCCAAAGAGAGGUUGAAAAGGGAAAGAUGCAGAAUUAGAGGGACUAAACCCUUUCAUUGACAUUAAACCGUGCUUAGAUGAAUACAGUACCAGAUAAUUUUCAGGCUAAAAUCGAGGGGAGAGUCCUUCAAACAGUUCGCUUGAAAUAUUUUCCUCUGUAUUAUUUAAAGUCCCUCUGUAAGUUAUACCCAGAGCUCUUCCUUGCUUUUGUUUGGGUAAUCUGGGCUUUCCUACUGCGGCCCGUGGCAUGUCGUGAUUGUGAUGUCUUUCCCAAACACGUCCUGUUCGAUUUCAUGCUGCUUUGUAAAUCCUCACUGUGUCUGAGUCUCCACCUAAAUAUAUUUCCCGUUUACAGACAUCUGAGAGGGAGUGAAAAGUCAGCUCCUGGCUAUUAUUUUGCUAUAACAAAAUUUCCUGACUAUAAUUUUGCUGAUUAUCCCAUUUGCAGGUUGUCCCACAGGUGGGAGGCCCUCCUGUGACUCUGCCCAGUCCUGGGGUUUCUCACCUCUGUAGCGAAGGAGGAAGGACCAGGCAGGAUCCUGGGUUGGAGCUGCCUUGGAGCAAUAUUUAUUUAUUUUUUCCAGGCUGUUUUAAGCUGCCAGCUCAGGUCUGCUGCCCCCUUCCAGCACAGCCCAGUACAAACCCAGUUCAGGACCUGUCAUGCAGCUUUUGACCACCUGUUUCUUACAACAUUGAUGAAAACCCUGCUUAUUUCUUGUGUCUGCCUUUCAAAAUCAGACAGGAAACCUCUGAUUUAAUAAUGAGAGCAUCCCUCCCCUGGCCAAACCUGUGUCCUGGAAGCCUGGAUAGCAAAGUGUCCCAUCACACAGAGGCUGGUGAAUAAAAGGAAAAAUUCUGCUAAAGGUGAUCCUGGAUUUUAAUUAUUAACCUGGAAAUAUUUUUUUUUUCACAAUUUCCACAAGCCCAAAGACAAUUUAUGUUUAGAUGGAUCACUCAGGGCACAACAAUUUUAAUUCUUGAAUGGUUGUCAAAAACUACAACUGAACACAGACCAGGAGUCCCAUUCCAGAUCAGCUCACUGAAUUAUUUGGUCAGCUUGUAACCUGCAGUAUUCCUUGGAGCUGGGGCUACCCCUGCUGCAGGUGUGGGAAAUGAAUCUGGAGAAAAUUCUUAACAUUUGAUAGAAGAUUUUUUAGAAGGCUUGUAUUUGUAUGUAAAUUUUGAGAUAAAAAAUAUCAGAAAUAUCAUAGAAUAGAGAUUGAUUGUUGAGAGAGAAAUCGAAUUAGAAAUGAGUUUUAAAGGAUGGUUUUGUAAAUAGGAUUAGAUAUUUUAGAGAAAUAGAAUUAUGAAAGAUGUCUUGUUGUAGGACUUAUGAGCAGUAAUUUUAGAUGAUUAGUUUUAAGGUAUUUAUAUUAUGGUGUGGUUGAAGCUGAUAGGCUAAUAAACAUUUAGAGUAUAUUGCA